CCCCCAUUCCGCUGCAGGUGUCCCGCUGCUGCUCUCAGGGGACCUGAGACCUUCUGGAAGCCUCACCGAGUUGGUUAAUGGCUGGGAUCCGCUAGUGGCCACACCACCCAGAGGGGGUCCGGAACAAAGGAGGGACACGGGGCCGACUGGCUGGCUGUGGGCAACAAUCAUGCGUCCGCACAAGUGCAACGACCUGCCAUGUUCCCAAGGACCCCAAACACGUAACCUCGUACAACCGCCGGGUCUGAGGAGCAAAUUUCUUAGAGACACAGGUGAGCCUGCCGGCCCACGCUGGAGCUGCCCCAGGGCCCAUUCGCCAAGCCCGUCGGAGCCAACGCAGAGGCUGCACGGCCACGGGGAGCCGAGCCCCCUCGCGGCACAGGGCGAUCCCCUUCCGCCGCUCACUAGGACGGGUGCGGCCCAUGCGAGACCCGCCCGGUCUCAGGGACUGCCUCUCGGGGUCACCAGACGAGACGGAGCCCGCCCCUUCCCCUCCCCCGGCCAGGCUGCUGUGGACCCCCGGGCACCCCAGACAACCCGCCCCCGUCCCCCAGUACGGAGGGGCCCCGCCAGCCCCAAGCCCCCAAAAUUCUCAGCAGCCCUCAGUCUGACCCUGAGAAUCGCAUGGUCAGGUGCUCUCUGGUCAGACGCAUGGCCAUCGUGGCAGCUGGCACCCCACCCGGCCUCAGCCCUGCAUGGACAGAGCGCACCCAGCCGAGGCCCGGCACACAGAACGCGCUCCGAGGACAGGACGUGCCCCUGGAGUAGACCCCUCACCCCAGCAGAGCCCGCCAGGCCCCUCCGUGGGCCGCUGUCCCCACAGCGGGCACGGCUCCAGCUGCCUGCUCUCAGCCGGCGGAGCACGGAGCACGGCGCCCGGCCCGCUUGCGGUCUGAGGGGAGCCUGCUCCCCGCCCUGGGCCAGCACAGGCCCCGUGGUGUCUGACCCUGCUGGGCACAAGCCUGGGUUACCUUGUGGAGCACUGUGGCAGGAGCCCCUCGGACGGUGGCUGGGCGGCAUACCCCUGUGCUUCUCUGGGCGCCCUGAGGGUCACCUCCCCCUCCCCCGAGGGACCCUGCAGUGACAUCAGCUUGCUGGCAGGCUUCUGACCCUUAACGACAAGAACACGAAAGGUCCCCAUGGCCUCCCUGCAGGCAGCCCUGCCUCCCCGCCCCAGACUUGGGGGCCCCUUAUCAUGUGGGGAGCCACGGCCAGCAGGUCACACUUGGGAUGCAGGCGGCCGUAAGCCACACAGGAGUCACGUCUGGACACUCCCGGGUACGAGGGGGCCAGCCCUGUGAGCGAGCGCGGGGGACGCAGGUGCGCACGCAGCUGGGGUCCGAGCACAGCAGCGGGUACAGGGAGGGGGCGAGGGGCAGUGCGCCCGUGCCAGCUGUCAGCGUCCUCACCCGCAGAGCUGAGGAUGCUGCCCGCUCAGAAAGGGGGAAUCAGGGUUGCCGGCUGGAGGACUAAAGACAGGGAGACCAUCCCUGAGGGACAAGCACACGCAGUGCGCAAGGCCCGGGUGGACCGUCGGGUCAGACACCGGAGCGGGCCUCCCGGGGGCCCGGGCCCGGCCGGGAGGGGAAGAAACCGGCUCCUGGCAUGGGCGGAGGUGGCAUAACUGAGCCCAGAGGCAGGCAGACUCCUCCUUCCCGCCCGGGGUUCCCUGAGCCAGCAGUGCCUGGAAUCCUACAGUGGACAGAGCUCUGACCUGCUCCCUCCCGCCCCGCGCAGGCUCUCCCUGCAGGCGUCUGCAGCCCCAGAGCCGCCCUCUGAAUCCUCAUCCCUCUCACUGGGAACACCGAGGGUGCCUCCCCCUGCAGGGGGGGGGUUGAAGGAGGCAGACAGAACCCCCCUCCAGAUGCUCUGUGCUUGGAUCCGAAGGCAGGGGCGGGGGCCCAGCCCACAGCAGCCGCGGGGCAGCUGACCGGCCGGACGCUCCGGCCGCCUGACAGAGGACAGGGUGGGAGGAACCCGGAAACGCAGAGUCUGCCGUGCGGUCCCAUCGAGUGUGCUCCGAGUGUGCCCCAGGGAGCCCAUGGGAGGCGCCCAGAGCCCUCCGGAGGCUCCUCCAGACUGCAUUUCCAGGAAUGCGGCGGCGUAGCGAGUGGGCCUCACACAGGUCGAGGCUGUGGCCUGCUCGCGCUGAAACAGAACCCAGUCUGGGGUGAAACCGUCUCUGAUGACGCAGUAAACCCCACGAUCUGCACGGAGUCUCAGGUGCGAGGUCUCGGCAGCACUCCGUGUGACAGACCGGGAGUGCGCAGCGGCCGGCGGGCAAACCCUGUCCCUGACGUAUGCGGGGACUGUCCGGGAACUGUCACCGCCCGAGCGGAGGGAGACGUUUCGAGAAUGUGGAAGGCUAGCCUGGCCCUUCGGUGGGGACAGGUGACGGGCUCGUUGAGGCUGGAGCGUCCCAGGGAGCCUGAGGUCGGGGGGCUUCCCGUCACUGACCAGCUCUGGGCGUGAGAAGCUCCGCCGACAGGGGGAGGAGCAGCAGUGAGCGCUGCUUUUUCUGUCUUUAUGUUGAGAUGAAGACACUCCCCCUGGAAGCUGGGGCCCCACGCCGGAUGCUACGGGACCGCACGUGGGUGAGAGCCGCCUGCCCGGAGCAGGCAGACGCGGGGACACACGGACGGACAGUCCGGAAGAAAACAAAGCUGUGCUUGUAAAGGAAGGAAAGAAAAUCAAACGCCGUCGACCCAGGAUUUUAGACCCAGUGAAAAGACCCUUCGAGAACGGGAGCCACAUCGUCAUUUUGUGACACGUGAAGGCGGGAAGUGAGCUUGUGAACUUGUUCGUGGAAGGGAAGUGACACCCGUGGGGACAGAAAACCCCACUCUUCUCCUGGCCUUAGACCUUCUGAAACCUACAGUGACAGUGGCGCCCCAGGGGGCACAGUGCCCACGCGGAGGACCGUGCUCCCCCUAGGACUCGCCCCAAUCUUAGAGCAAACAAGCCCACGGGGGGACCGGCCUCCCGCAGAUGCAGCUGCGCACCUGCAGCCCGGGGGCCUGAGAGCAUCCGUCACCGCCCUUCCUGGGCGACUCUGCUUUCACAGACAGGAGACGGGCCCGAGGAGGUGAACACGCAGUGUGGCGGAGUCCGGUCGCUGUGACCCUCACCCGGGAAGAAGAUGAACGUCCUUCCCACUCAGAGGAGGCCGGAGUGGCAGUGCCCAGAGGCGGCUCCGAGGAGGGGCUCGGUCAGCCACCGGGAGCAGUCACCCCCUCACACGCAGCUGAGCGCUCUGCACGGGAGAGAACCAGUCUGCUCUGACUGCCUGAGUCCCCGAACUGUGGGACCUUGAGGGGCUGACGGGCAUUUGGACCGCUGGACGCAGGGUGAGCCAUCUGGGCCCUCGGCCCCCCGGGGACAGGCGUGUGGGCAGAGGGCCACGGGGACUCUAACCCCACCUUCCGCAGGUCCGCCCGGGAUGCAGGGUGUGAGGACACGGGGCGGAGUCAG